CCUCCCCUCCCGGUUGGCGCAAUGAACCGCACGCUCUCACUCAUCCCUUCCCGUCAUGCAGCGCUCUCGCCUGGUCCUCCGCUGAAGCGCCAUGUUGUCGGAGUAAAAGCCUGGUGUGUCAGCGAGAAACUGGGGCCGAAAUCCGCGAACAUCCACCCUCUCCGCCGGCUGUGGUGGAAUGAGCAGCGUGUGUGUGUUGAAGAGGAAAGCAGUGCUCUGGCAGGAUUCAUUCAGCCCCCACCAUAGAAGUACAUCUCCCAGCAUGCCUGUGGUGCUGAGCAGUGGAGGACACGCCCCUCCAACUGGGCAGACCCCUCAGGUCACACCCCCCAGCCAGCAGGGUGUGGCAGGAGCUGGACGUUCCCAGGAUGAUGCCAUGGUAGACUAUUUCUUCCAGCGGCAACACGGAGAGCAGCCUGGAAAGCAUCGCUGGCCUACUGGCGAUAACAUUCAUGACAGUCAGGUGCGGUCAAUGGAUGAGCUGAACCAUGAUUUCCAGGCUUUGGCUCUAGAGGGGCGGGCCAUGGGAGAGUUGCUAACUGGGAAGAAGUUCUGGGAGACAGAUGACUCUGGGAAGGAUGGACCGAAAGGGAUCUUCCUGGACCAGUGGAGAGACAGUGCCUGGGGUGCCUCAGAUCAUUCAGUAUCUCAGCCAAUCAUGGUGUCCCGUCGACCAGGACAGGGUUUCCAUGGUGGUGGUGAAGUUGGAGUAGGCUCUGUGAUGUCACCUCGAUCUGAGAGCGGAGGAUUGGGAGUUAGCAUGGUAGAGUACGUCCUCUCUUCAUCACCUGCUGAUAAAUUGGACUCCUGCCUCCGGAAGGGACCCUAUGGGCAGAGGGACAGUGAGGUGGAGGAGGAGAAGAGGGAGAAGCCGAAGGCAGCAUUUGAGGGAGAGAAGCUGAAAGAGUUGACAGAAAGUGAAUCUGACGUAAUUGGGGAUGUCAUAAACCCGAAUGGGCUGCCUGUUCAGAAUGGGCUUGAUGUCGAUGUCAAAGAGUUUGGUCGUCCCCCUGGCAACAUGCCAGCUCCUGGUCCUGAUAGUGAUCUACUUGGGGGUCCUGGGGGUGUAGGGGCUGAUGGACUUACACCACUGGGAGGUGGUGGAGGCCCCAAGCCCCCUGAAGACUUCUCUGGUGUGGAGCAAGGUGGUGUCACCAUGGACCCUAUGGAGUCGGUGAUGGAGCCUCUUCAGUUUGACUACAACUCCCAGAUGCCCAUGGACUCAGCGCCCACUGUGGGAUUAUUUGAUUACACUAACCAGCAGCAGCUGUUUCAGAGAAACAAUGCAUUAGCAGUACAGCAGUUAACGGCAGCCCAGCAACAGCAGUAUGCCUUGGCAGCAGCACAGCAGCCUCACAUUGGUUUGGCUCCAGCAUUUGUGCCCAAUCCUUACAUCAUCAGUGCUGCUCCACCAGGGACGGACCCCUAUGCAGCUGGACUAGCAGCUGCAGCAACACUUGGCCCAGCAGUGAUGCCUACCCAGUACUACGGUGUGACUCCGUGGGGGGUCUACCCUGCCAACCUAUUCCAGCAGCAGGCUGCUGCAGCCAACAGCUCAGCCAAUCAGCAGGCGGCAGGCCAGGGCCAACAGAACCAACAGCAGGUGAUGCGUGCUGGGGGGAGCCAGCGACCUUUGACCCCCAGCCAAGGUCAGCAAGGUCAACAGAACGACCAGCUGGUUGCAGCAGCAGCGGUCAACUCUGCUCUUGCUUUUGGGCAAGGCCUAGCAGCAGGAGUUCCCGGUUACCCAGUCUUGGCCCCAGCAGCCUAUUAUGAUCAAACAGGGGCCCUGGUGGUUAAUACUGGAGCUCGGAGUGGGCCUGUCCGCCUCAUGGCACCUGCUUCUGUCAUCAUCUCUCCUUCUGCAGCACAAGCAGUUGCAGCUGCAGCAGCCUCUGCAGGUGGUGCCAAUGGUGGACUGGGAGGUGGGGCUAAUGGUCCCUUUCGUGCCAUGACGUCCCAGCAGCCUCAGCAACAGGGUGGUCCUGGUGGUACACUGGGAGGAAGCUCCUUCUAUGGCUCCUCCUCACUUAGUUCCUCCUCUCAGAGCUCCUCCCUUUUCUCACAAGGUUCUGCUCAACCUGGGCCAGGUUCUGCUUCAUUGGGCUUCAGUCAGCCUGCUUCCUCAUCCCUUGGGGCAACGUUGGGUGCAACACUUGGUGGCUUUGGCACUGCAGUGGCCAACUCAAGUGGUGGCAGUGGUUCUAGACGGGACUCCCUGACGGGCAACAAUGAGUUGUACAAACGUACGCCAUCCAGCCUCACUCCAAUUGGUCAUGGAGGCUUCUACAAUGGCACCUUGGGCUUUAGUCCGUCCCCUGGACCUGUGGGCAUGCCUCUGCCCAACCAGGGGCCAUCUCAUUCCCUCACACCCCCGCCUUCAUUGUCCAAUCACAGCUCCUCGUCCAAUCUCAACCUUGGAGGCCUGACCAAUGGCAGUGGGCGUUUCAUCUCUGCAGCCCCGGGAGCAGAGGCGAAGUACCGCAGUGCUGCCAGCUCAGGCUCCUCUCUGUUUUCACCAAGCAGCCAGCUGUUCCCAUCAUCACGGCUACGUUACGGAAUGUCAGAUGUGAUGCCAUCAGGCCGAAGCCGCCUGCUGGAGGACUUCAGGAACAACCGCUAUCCCAACCUGCAGCUCCGAGACAUUGCUGGCCACAUCAUGGAGUUCAGUCAGGAUCAGCAUGGCAGCAGAUUUAUUCAGUUAAAGUUGGAGCGAGCCAGUUCAGCAGAGCGACAGCUCGUCUUCAGUGAGAUUCUCCAAGCAGCCUAUCAGCUGAUGGUUGAUGUCUUUGGCAAUUAUGUCAUCCAGAAGUUCUUUGAGUUUGGCAGCCUGGACCAGAAGCUGGCUCUGGCAGAGAGAAUCCGAGGUCAUGUGCUGUCUCUGGCCCUGCAGAUGUAUGGCUGCAGAGUCAUUCAGAAAGCACUAGAGUUCAUUCCCUCCGACCAGCAGGUCAUUAGUGAGAUGGUACGAGAGCUGGACGGCCAUGUACUGAAGUGUGUGAAGGACCAGAAUGGUAACCACGUGGUACAGAAGUGUAUCGAGUGUGUCCAGCCUCAUGCGCUGCACUUCAUCAUAGAUGCCUUUAAGGGACAGGUCUUCGCCCUCUCCACUCAUCCGUAUGGCUGCAGAGUCAUUCAGCGCAUUCUUGAACACUGCCUUCCAGAACAAACGCUGCCUAUACUGGAGGAGUUACAUCAGCACACAGAGCAGCUAGUGCAGGACCAGUAUGGCAACUAUGUGAUCCAGCACGUUUUGGAGCAUGGUCGAGCUGAGGAUAAGAGUAAGAUCGUGGCUGAAAUCAGAGGCAAUGUGCUCGGACUCAGCCAGCACAAGUUUGCCAGCAAUGUUGUGGAGAAAUGUGUGACACAUGCAUCGCGGGCUGAACGGGCAGUGCUGAUUGACGAGGUGUGCAGCCUCACCGAGGGCCCCCACAGUGCCUUAUACACCAUGAUGAAGGACCAGUACGCCAACUACGUGGUGCAGAAGAUGAUUGACGUUGCAGAACCCACCCAGCGCAAGAUCGUGAUGCACAAGAUUCGGCCCCAUAUUUCCACGCUGAGGAAGUACACGUAUGGAAAACAUAUCCUCGCCAAACUGGAGAAGUACUACAUGAAGAAUGGUGUUGACUUGGGGCCUCUCUGUGGGCCUCCUAAUGGCAUCAUGUGAAUCUGCUCCCCUUCACCUCCCCAAUCAUGGCACCCUUCAUAGCCUCUCGCAGCAGUCAUAUUGAUCAGCUUCUGUCCUCAUGUGAUCUUUGUGAAGGCCUUCUCUCCACUUCUCCUAAAUCCAGCUCACUGAGGACAUUGAGUAUCCCUGUUUCCAUGGUAACGCUUGGGCGGAGCCUGUUGCAUCAGGCAGCCUUAGCUUGGAGUUCUUUGCUCUUCCCCCCAACUGUACCCACAUCUGUGAAGAUAGAGGAAUGCUGGUGGACGAGAGCAAAGACUAAUUUAAAGUGAAACAUACUCCUCUCUCCUCUGCUUCUUUUACCAUUUUUGUAGCUUCAUCAACUCAAAUCAUUUCCUUGUUUUUUUGUUUUUUGUUUCUCUUGCUGCGCACGCAGUCCCAAUGUCCCUUUCUGCCGUCUCAACUCUUCACCACUAUGAAAUGGAUUAAGUAUUUAAUUUGCCUGACAUCACAGAAUCAUAGACAAAUACACACACACCAUCAGAUAACCAGCAGACAGAUCAUUUAGCAUGGGAGAUUUGUUUUCCUGGUCUUGCUUCUAUAAAUAUAACGUGUAUACUUGGUGUAGACCUUUGCAUAUAUAUAAAUAUAUAUAUAUAUAAACUUUGUAGUUUUUCUGGUUUUUGAUGUUGAAUCUGUAUCUAUAAUGUAUCCUAGUAGUGACCACAUACUUCUGACUGUAUAAUUGUACAUUUGUAAACCCUUGUAAUGUAAAAGUGCUUUACCACCCUUUUGGUAUGAGAAGGAAAAAACACACUCUGGGGGGAAAAAAACAAAAAAAAACUUAGAGGAAAAAAAAAACCUGUGCAUUUCAGUUUAUAUUCUCACCUCCUCGGUUGUGACAUAUAAGUUGUUGUAUAUUGUAAAUUGUAAUAUCAAAUUUUUGUUUUGAAAAGCCCUUUCUAUACAGCGUAGUACUUGUACAAAAUUUUGCCACGCUUGGUUUUAUCUAUCUUGACACUGCUUAACUUAAGAUGUUGAUCUCCCACUGAUUCCCGGUUGGACACAUUCUGUUAGAAUUAGUGUUGUCUUCAUGUUUGUGUUGGAAGGUUCUUUAUGGCUUUUAUUUUUAAGAUCUUUUAUAGGAAUGCUUUACCCCAUGAAAUGUGUUUGUGUAUGGGUAUGCUGGCUGGGUGGGAAAAAUUUAUUUAACCCCACCAAACCCCUCAACCACCCAUAACAGUUUUCAGGGGUGGGGUAAAACAGCAGAUUGUACAGAGAUUUUUUUUUUUUUUUUUUUUUUUUGGCAUUUCUCUAGUGCUGUAAGUGCUGUAUCAUACUGUUCAUGUCUUUCUGGGUGAGAGGCAGCCCGCCACAAUGCGGUGUACAUUUGGAGCAGCCUUGUGUAUAUUUACUACGAGCACACCUGUAACCAUAUGUGUAUAGUUAACAGAACCUGUGUAUGCUUAUUGCCUGGGCAACUAUUUUUUGUAACUCCUGUUGUAGAUUGUCUCUAAACAAUUGUGUGAUCUUUAUUUUGAAACCAAACUGAACAAACAAAUUUUUUUUGAAAAUUU